AUGCAGUAUUCCGGUGGAAAAUGUAGGCUGCCCCCGAUACCUGCUGCUACAAGCCACCAAGCGUCUGGGGAGGAGCAGCAGCAGUGGCGGGAGCGGCUCCGGAUGGAACUCGAUAUCUUCGCCGGCCGUCUGUACGCCGGCUUCGACGAAUGUACCGCUCUCAGGAGAUAUAUGGAGAGCCCGGACGGCGCCGCCUUGUCCGUGAAUCCCGCAGGCUUCCUCUUCGAGUGGCUGGCGCUACGCCGCAAAGGGCAAAACAUCACCCACACCCCCAUGGGGUACGUGUGCCAGGGGUGGCCUCUACGCAAAGAUCACCACCUAUUUGCUGUGCAGGAGGGGGAGGGCCUCCAUCUUCCAGGUAGCCUUGACCCGCUCAUCGAGUCUGCUAGGGUCGGAGGUGUCUCGGACUCGGAUGCGGACGACGGGAGCUCUGACGAAGAAUAAACGACUGAUUUAAGACGUUGAGCUAAUAGGCGGGAUUCAAGGUGGACUUCAAAGGGCGUGGUCUCGUCAUCCAUGG